AUGACUGCUGCCUGGAAAGCCGCCGGUUUGACUUACAACCGCUACCUGGCCAUUGCCGCCCGCACGGUGCGCCAGUCCCUCAAGGACGGUCCCCGCCUCGCCGCCGAGCGCCGCGGCCUGAUGGACCUUCGCUUCGCCAAGUGGGAGAACGGCAAGCAGGGCGACCCUCAGUCGCUCGCCCAGGCCAACAAGGACGCCCUCGCUGCUCAGGCCAACCAGAAAUAA